AUGUGUAUUGUAACUCCAAGAGUUUCAUUACAAUAUACAGGUUUAGCAAUGUUUAAACCAAUUUUUGACCGAAUGGAAGGAACUUUAAUACCACCCGGAAGGUUUGAAAAAGAUCAAAAGUUUUAUUACAGAGCUAUUAGAUUGGAUGAAUUACUUACCAUUUGCACAGGAAUUUUACAAGCUUCAACUUUAGUAACACCUCUUGAAUUAAUAAAAGUAAGGCAACAAACUGAUUUGAAUCAGAAAAUAUAUCGUAGUAUGCCUUCAACCAUUGUGCAUAUUGUAAAAGAAGAAGGUGUAUUUGCAUUAUACAAUGGACUUCUUCCUACUAUUUUUAGACAGUCUUGGGGAUUGGCUGUCAAGUUUACUGGCUAUACAACAUUUAAAGAUUUCUUUGCAAGUCUAAACAAUGGUCAAAAUACACCACUUCAACAUGCUUUAUCAGGGUUUUUGGCAAAUAUCCUUGUAGGUAUAUUUAAUUCACCACCUGAUGUUGUGAAAACUCGGAUGCAAGAUCAAAAUGUUGGAUAUAAAAAUAGUUUUGAAUGCGUUAAAUUGAUGUUAAAAAAUGAAGGUUUAAAGUCUUUUUUUAAGGGUGCUACCUUAAGAUGUAUUAGAAUUGCUCCCGGUGGGGCUAUACAAUUUUCUACUUAUGAAUAUUUGAAUAAGUUGAUCGGAAAUUAUAUGAAUGUUGAUAAAUAA